AGGCGUGUCAUUUGCUCCCAGGUGUGUGCAGGUGUGGGGGAGGGUGUCAAGGUGCCCUACAGAUUUGAGUGAUAAGAUGCAAAGAUGGGCUGGCCUGCUGCUGAUGCUGCUGCUGCUACUGGCGCUGCAUUCAGCGUGUGGGUUCCUGUGCUUCUCGAGGGGCGUGGGCAGUGACUACAUGGGGGUCACCUACUGUCCGAGUGGCUCCUGCUUCUCCGUGGGCGCCUCUGUGGUGGGCAGCAAGGAGUCCCAUAAAGGAUGCUCAGAAGACGUCAAGGGGGAUGGAUGUAUAGCCGCCUCGCUUCCAGGACUCGCCUCGGCCCACACCUGCUUCUGUAACGGCUUCCUCUGUAACUCGGCAACCUCGAAGUGUCUCCAGCCUGUUACUGUGCUGGGAGUGUGUCUGGCAGCGUUGAUGAUGUGGGUUCGUGUCUAAUUCAACAGCCUCGAAGUGUCUCCAGCCUGUUACCGUGCUGGGAGUGUGUCUGGCAGCGUUGAUGAUGUGGGUUCGUGUCUAAUUCAACAGCCUCGAAGUGUCUCCAGCCUGUUUUCCCGCUGGAGUGUGUCUGGCAGCGUUGAUGAUGUGUGUUCCUGUCUAAAUCUACAGCCUUGAAGUGUCUCCAGCCUGUUUUCCUGCUGGAGUGUGUCUGGCAGCGUUGAUGAUGUGUGUUCCUGUCUAAAUCUACAGCCUUGAAGUGUCUCCAGCCUGUUACUGUGCUGGAGUGUGUCUGGCAGCGUUGAUGAUGUGGGUUCCUGUCUAAAUCUACAGCCUCGAAGUGUCUCCAGCCUGCUUUCCCGCUGGAGUGUGUCUGGCAGCGUUGAUGAUGUGUGUUCCUGUCUAAAUCUACAGCCUCGAAGUGUCUCCAGCCUGCUUUCCCGCUGGAGUGUGUCUGGCAGCGUUGAUGAUGUGUGUUCCUGUCUAAAUCUACAGCCUCGAAGUGUCUCCAGCCUGUUACUGUGCUGGGAGUGUGUCUGGCAGCGUUGAUGAUGUGUGUUCCUGUCUAAUUCAACAGCUUCGAAGUGUCUCCAGCCUGUUUUCCCGCUGGAGUGUGUCUGGCAGCGUUGAUGAUGUGUGUUCCUGUCUAAAUCUACUGCCUCGAAGUGUCUCCAGCCUGUUUUCCCGCUGGAGUGUGUCUGGCAGCGUUGAUGAUGUGUGUUCCUGUCUAAAUCUACUGCCUCGAAGUGUCUCCAGCCUGUUACUGUGCUGGUGUGUGUCUGGCAGCGUUGAUGAUGUGUGUUCCUGUCUAAAUCUACUGCCUCGAAGUGUCUCCAGCCUGUUACUGUGCUGGAGUGUGUCUGGCAGCGUUGAUGAUGUGUGUUCCUGUCUAAAUCUACAGCCUCGAAGUGUCUCCAGCCUGUUUUCCCGCUGGAGUGUGUCUGGCAGCGUUGAUGAUGUGGGUUCCUGUCUAAUUCAACAGCCUCGAAGUGUCUCCAGCCUGUUACUGUGCUGGGAGUGUGUCUGGCAGCGUUGAUGAUGUGUGUUCCUGUCUAAAUCUACAGCCUCGAAGUGUCUCCAGCCUGUUACUGUGCUGGGAGUGUGUCUGGCAGCGUUGAUGAUGUGUGUUCCUGUCUAAAUCUACAGCCUUGAAGUGUCUCCAGCCUGUUACUGUGCUGGUGUGUGUCUGGCAGCGUUCUUGGUGCUUCUGUAGUAGUUUUUUUUUUUUCUGUGACUCUACAGCCUCGAAGUGUCUCUAGCUUGUGCUGUGGUGUAUGUUGAUGUUGUUGUUUUUCUUCUUGUUCUUAUUUUUCGUCUUUUUCGUCUUGUUUUUUGUUCCCUUCCUCCUCCUCCUCCUCUUUCUCCUCCUUUUCCUUAUCCU